UGUUUUAUAUGACUUUUUAUGUAUUAUUAUAUAAUGAUGGAUUACCCAAAAUAAGUCAAAUUAUCAAACUAAGAAAAAGACUGGUAUCGCAGGAAAAAGUAGGCGCGGAGCAGAGCAAUGACCGUGUAGAACAGGAUGUGGUUUUCAAAGAAUGUUUUCAAGCCAGUGCAAACUAUCUGUACUCAAGUGUAUCCGGAGCAUCCAAGUGGUGUUAAGGAAUGGUCCAACUCGCAAAUACUCAUAAAUUGCAACGAAUGAAUACAGAUUAUGUAUGUUCUUUGGGAGAGAUUGGUGUAUCACAAGUGAUAAAAA